GUCCCGGAAGUAGACUCCGUGCCGCUCAUCAUCCACCACCACCAUCACCACCUCCACCUCCUUCACCUCCUCCUCCUCCUCGUUGUCGUCUUCUCUUCCACCUCGUCGCCGUCAACCCCUCCUCGUCCUCGCUCGGCUCACAGGGAUGGAUGGAAGCAGCUCCCCGGAGGAGCGCGUCCGAGUGCUGAGCCAGAAGGGCUCCCAGGUGGAGGUGCGGGACAGCAUCCCCCCCCAGCGCUACUUCCGCUCGGGGAAGGAAAUGCUGCGCAUGGCCACGGUCUACCACGAAGAAGGCAACCUCGAGGAGGCCUUCAUGCUCUACACCAAGUACAUCACGUUGUUUGUUGAAAAGCUACCCAAGCACCAGGACUACAAAAUGGUUUCGCUGCCCUUCAAGGCGGACACAACAAAGAAACUGAAGACGGUUUUUCCGCUCGCAGAGAAUGUGAAGAAGAAGCUCCAAGCGACUUAUGCUAAAGAACACAACAUGUACUUGGAGAAGCAGGGCGAGCUGGCGGCGGAGCGAGCGCGCGAGCAGGAGCGAGUGCGCGAGGUGGAGGAGGAGCGGCGUCGCCUCGCGCAGAUGCAGCGGCAGCAGCAGGAGCAGCAGGCCUUCCACGCCUUCGAGGAGACGCUGCGGCGGCGCGAGCGCGAGAAGGAACGCCUCGCCGUGCUGCACCAGUUCGGCUCCUCCGAGGACCACGACGAUGCCGUCCCCGGUGCCGCCGCCGCCGCUGCCGCCGCCGGACCGGGGGUGCUCAUUCAGGGCCUGAAGCCCCCCCCCACGGACGGGCGGCCCCCACCCACCACCCCCAGCGGGCCCCCCGCCGUGGACAGGUCCUGCAAGCCGGCGUCGCUCGUGUCACCAGCACGUGACAAUGAAAGAAAAGUGGUUGUUCCUUCAAAUCUCUGCGAAAAGUUUCUGGCACAAGUAUCGGAGAACACCGCUCGUGCUGUGGAAACCUGCGGCAUCCUGUGCGGGAGAAUGGUGCAAGGCGUGUUCACGGUGACGCACGUGAUCCUGCCGAAGCAGAAAGGCUCCUCGGACUCUUGCCUGACAGAGAACGAGGAGGAGCUCUUUGAGAUCCAGGAUCGAUACGAUCUGCUCACGCUUGGCUGGAUCCACACUCAUCCGACACAGACGGCGUUCCUCUCCAGCGUGGACCUGCACACGCACUGCUCCUAUCAGCUCAUGCUGCCCGAAGCCAUUGCCAUCGUCUGUUCUCCCAAGCACGACGAAACGGGGUUCUUCAAGUUGACGGAGUGUGGCAUGGAGGAGAUCUCGAUGUGUGUCCAAAAGGGCUUCCACCCGCACUCCAAGGAGCCUCCGUUGUUCCAGGUGUGCGACCAUGUGCAGUUCAAGGCGGAGCUGUGGGCCACCAUCAUCGACCUACGGUGACGGCCCCAGCAGGGGACCGAUGGCCCGUUUUGAUACCACGCCACUCGAGUGACUUAACGCUUGGGCAGCCUAAUAUGGAACUCCGUUGUAUCCGAGGCGGACGUUGUGCAUAUAAUGUACGUUACCGAUGUAAUACGUAUGAAAACGUUAACGGUUUAUUACACAAACUGCGCAGCUAUCUUAUUCCUGCAGUUAUGUGCAGUGUAUAUGCAAAGCGCUUAAACUAAUACCUACAGAACUUUUGUUUUUUAAUAUAUGAAACCUUGUCCAUAUGCUGCUGCUUUUUUGGCAUUACACCUGACAUUUUGGUAGGAAAGAGUAACUUAUUGAGAGCUAUGAAUGUCGUAAAAAUUUAAAACAUUGGUAAUACUAGUUAGCUUGUAAAUUAAUCUUAUCUCUCAAAGUGACAUCUAAAUAUUACAGUCGGAUGAAUGUUUUUUGUUAAUGGACGCUUGUUAACAUUACCAACUUAAUCCUUCCAUUUCCACUUGGUAUGUCAUUGGGUGUGCGAUCACCUGUUGCGAGGAAGCCUCAACCUUCCUAGAGCCAAACUUAAGGCGCUCGUUUGUGAGCGAGGGCCAGUUAAAGCGUCGCCUUCCUGCACCUUUAACAAUGUGUCCCUUCGUGAUCCACCGUCACGCUGACCCUGUGUCCGCACUCACUCUCCGUCGGAAGAAGUCCUCCUGGCCUCAAGACUGUUGCGCUCUCUCUCAUGCCUUGUAUUUUACUUCACCGCUGCAUCAGAUGGUGCUGUAUUCAUCACAACCUGCUUGACCCGUCAUGAAUAUAUUUCACACAGGCCUCUCUCGUGUCCACGACGUUAUUGGUUCACCAUUCACCACCCCCCCCCCCCCCCCCCCCGAAGAUUUGAAAAUGGCU